GGCGGAGCCGCAGCCGCUGUAUCGGGACCGAAGUGGAAAUUUCCUCCAGCACCAACAGCACCAGCCCCAGCCCCAGCCGCAGGUUUCGCCGCUCAGAGUCACGAGGAGCCGCCGCCGGACCCCAGCGCCGCCCGCCCGCUAUGGCCAACUACAUCCACGUCCCGCCCGGCUCCCCCGAGGUGCCCAAGCUGGACAUCACCCUGAGCGACGUGGAUGGGCCCGGCUGCCGCGACGGAGCCCUGCAGCUGCUGCGUCGUCUGCGGCCCCACUGGAGCCCCGAGGAGGUGACGCUGCAGCUGUUCACAGAUGGAAUCACCAACAAGCUUAUUGGUUGCUAUGUGGGUGACGCAAUGGAUGAUGUGGUUUUAGUUAGAAUCUAUGGAAACAAGACCGAGCUGUUAGUAGAUCGAGAUGAGGAAGUGAAAAGUUUCCGGGUGUUGCAGGCCCAUGGCUGUGCGCCACAACUCUACUGUACUUUCAGUAAUGGUCUAUGCUACGAGUUCAUGCAGGGAGAAGCACUGGAUCCGGAGCAUGUCUGCAACCCAGAUAUAUUCAGACUCAUAGCCAGGCAGCUUGCUAAAAUCCAUGCUAUUCAUGCACACAAUGGAUGGAUCCCCAAAUCUAACAUGUGGCUGAAGAUGGGAAAAUAUUUCUCACUCAUACCUACAGAAUUUACAGAUGAGGAAGUAAAUAAACGGUUCUUAAGUGAUGUUCCAAGUCCUCAAAUCCUUCAGGAGGAGAUGGCCUGGAUGAAGGAGAGACUGUCAAAUCUAGGAUCCCCAGUGGUGCUUUGCCACAAUGACCUGUUGUGUAAGAAUAUUAUCUACAACGAGAAACAAGGUGAUGUACAGUUCAUUGACUAUGAGUACUCUGGAUACAACUACCUGGCUUAUGAUAUUGGAAAUCAUUUCAAUGAGUUUGCAGGAGUGAGUGAGGUAGACUACAGCCUUUAUCCAGAUAGAGAAUUACAAGAGCAGUGGCUGAGAUCCUACCUUGAGGCAUACAAGGAAUAUAAAGGUUUCGGUACAGAUGUUACUGAGAAAGAGGUAGAAGUCCUAUAUGUGCAAGUCAAUCAAUUUGCAUUGGCCUCUCAUUUCUUUUGGGGAUUGUGGGCUCUGAUUCAAGCCAAAUAUUCCACCAUUGACUUUGAUUUUCUAGGGUACGCAAUUGUUCGUUUUAACCAGUAUUUCAAAAUGAAGCCAGAGGUCACAGCAUUAAAGCUUCCCGAGUAAUGAAGAACUUCAGUUCUCCUCAAGUGGAUAAGCGAUCCUUAGAAUCCUUUCUGAGAACAGAUACUGAAAAAGCUAAACAUUUUGUUUAAGUUCUGUAAUGUUCACUUGGUUGUUUUGCUUUACAAAUGAUGCCUCUAAACAAGUCUUAAUGUUAAAUCUAAUAAGAAGAGCAUACCUACUGUUGAUAUAGAAUGGAUUAGAAAUUUGCUAAAUCUAUAAGGCUGUAGAGAUGGCAAUUUAAUCCUUACCUAAGUAAUUUAACAUAUGUUGUAUGUGAUUUAUUUAUUAUGAGUUUAACAUGAUUCCAUUGCUGCUUUCAUCAAUUUCUGUAAAGGUUGAGUUCAGGCAGUGAAACUGUUCCAAAGGAUUUGUUUUUUCACAACUUAUUUUAUUAAAGUGACAUUAACUUAUAUAAAGACUGUAUAUGGUCAGUAGAGAAUCUUAAUCUUUAACU